AUGAAAUUCAUUGCUUUUAUCUUGAUAAUUUGUACAGCCCCUGUUAUAAACUCAUUAUCUUUGGAUUUUAGGAACAGUUGCAAUUGUUCUGAAUUAAUCUAUUUAAAUGAUUGUAUAGCUGAUAGCUCGGAUUGCGUUUGGAAUUCCUAUACUAGCGAAUGUACUGAGACAGCCUGUUCGAGCAUAGAACGCUCGAGUCACUGUCUAUAGUCGUCUUAGAGAUGCUAUUGGUACAAUAAGAAAUGCAAAAACUUCUCGUCUUGUGAAUCUAUUCCAGGGAAAAGUCAAUCAGAAUGUCUUUAAGCAAACAUUUAUUGUCCUGCCUCGAAUGGUAUUAAUUGUUUUUCCACGGAUUUCUUACAGAAAUGCUCAGAUAUAAAUGAUCCAGACAUUUGCAAUGACUAUUAUUCCUCAAAGGGUAAGUGCAUGUGGAAUGGUCAGAAUUGUAUCAUACUUAAAUCAUGUGCAGAUUUGUGGACCAACUCAACAAAAUCCUGUGAGUAAAGUGGGUGCUAUUUUGAUUAAUACUCCUAUUAAUGCCGAGACAUGACUUGUUCUUAGCUCGAAUUGCAGUCUUAAUGUGAAUUGGGGGCACCAACAAUCGGUCCAUAUUUAAAUAAUGUCAUUCCAUGUACUUGGGAUACCAAUAGUGGGUUGUGCAAAAAUGCGAAGCCUUCGGACUACAGCGUUGAUCAGUGCUAUACUUACAGUGCAAGGACUUACCAUUGGGGCAGUAGCAAGCCUAAUAGAGGAGGGUGUGUGCCUUGUGAAAGUUUUAUAUUUUCAAUUAUAAUCGUGUCAUUGAUGACGAUUAUUAUUUGA